AUGUCUAGUGAGGACUGGGAUCUCUUUGCCAUUGUUCGCAGUGGCAAAGAUCUCACAUCUGUUGCUUCAAACACCAAUAGAGAAAUUUCACCCAACACAGUCACAAAUACCAUAUCCCCUCAAGAAACCACAACCCUUUUUUCAAUUAGACAAGAAAAUGACUCAUCCUCUUUUUAUAAUAUUGUGCAACCUAGAACCAAUGGGAUCCAAGAGCUACGCCAAGCACUAAUGAAUUUCAUUAACCCCACCACCACUACUACGACCACCACAAUCAUUAACACUAACGGUAAUGUCAUUCUCAAUCCUAACUCUACCUUAUCUAACCUUACAGGAAUCUAUGGACAACAACAGAUGCAGCAAGGCCUCCAUCAUCUUGUGCCUGUUCUCACAACUUGCAACUCCAUUGGAGCCUCCACUUUUGGCCUUAACAUAUUCCAUCAACAACAACAAGCCCUACUCCAGCAACACGAACCCCAAGUACCCGAGACUAGUUCUGUGGCUCUACCCACUCAUGUUCCCCAAACAAGUCCUAUUGCUCAGCCAAACAUCCAACACCAAGUACCCCAAACCAAUUAUGUGGCUUCGUCAAAGACCAAAAUCCAAGAACCCAAACCAAGGUUAACCGGACAGAUGAAAACAGUUCGGCAUGUGACCGCUGACAAAAUAACAGCUGAUAUGUGGGAAUGGAGAAAAUAUGGACAAAAACCCAUCAAAGGUUCUCCGUAUCCAAGGAGUUAUUACAAAUGCAACAACAUGAAAAAAUGUGACGCGAAAAAGCAAGUAGAACGAAGCAGAACGGACCCGAGCAUGUUUAUUGUGACAUACAUCGGAGAUCACGAUCAUGAGAAACCGCUUCUUCGGAACAUGCUUUGCAAAACCUCAAGGGUCAAGCCAUUAACAACCCAUUUACCUAACACCUCGCAAACCAAGGCACCCACCAACACUGGGAGCGUUAGUUUAUCGGGUAUUCCUCCCAUGCUGGUGUUAGAUCUGCUAGAGAAUGGUGACAAAAUAGUUAAACAUAGCGAACUUGAAGGCCUUGACAUGGAAAUAGGACCUAAAUCAGUCUCCGAUGAUGAUGAUGACAUUCUAAUACCCAUAUCAGAUCUGCUAAAGAAUGGUGACAAAAUGGUUAACCAUGGAGAAGCCGAAGGCCCUAACUCGGAAAUAGAAGCUAAAUCAGUCUCCGAUGAUGAUGAUGACACUCUAGUACCCAUAUCAUAUCUGCUGGAGGACGAUGACAAAAUGGUUAACCAUGGAGAACCCGAAGGCCCUGACCUGGAAAUAAGACCUAAAUCACUCUCCGAUGAGGAUGAUGACAUACUAAUUCCUAACUUAGCUGCCAUGUCAAACAUCUUCGAAAUGGGAUAUCAAUCUUUUGAUGGUGGAGUCACUCACAUGGGCGAGUCAGAUCCUAAUUGCACGCGGUGGUUGAUCUAA